UUUUACUUUGCUGGAAUGUUUCGCAUCACCAACAUUGAGUUUCUUCCCGAAUACCGAGAGAAGGAGUCCAGGGAAUUCCUGUCUGUGGCACGCACUGUACAACAAGUGGUAAACGUGGUUUAUACAACAUCCGCCUUCUCCAAAUUUUACAAGCAGUCUGUUGUUGCAGAUGUCAGCAGUAACAACAAAGGUGGCCUCCUUGUGCACUUUUGGAUAGUGUUUGUCAUGCCACAUGCCAAGGGCCAUAUCUUCUGUGAGGACUGCGUGGCCGCCAUCCUGAAGGACUCCAUCCAGACGAGCAUCAUAAACCGGACCUCGGUGGGAAGUUUGCAGGGUCUGGCUGUGGACAUGGACUCUGUGGUGCUAAAUGCUGGGCUUCGGUCAGAUUACUCUGCCACCAUAGGAUCUGACAAAGGCUGCUCUCAGUACUUGUAUGCAGAUCACCUAUCACUUCGCUACCCUCUGGAGAUUUCUGCAACCUCAGGGAGGCUCAUGUGCCACUUCAAGCUGGUGGCCAUCGUGGGCUAUCUGAUUCGUCUGUCCAUAGAGUCCGUCCAGAUCGAAGCCGACAACUGUGUCACCGACUCCCUGACCAUUUAUGACUCCCUCUUGCCAAUUCGGAGCACCAUCUUGUAUAGAAUUUGUGAGCCCACAAGAACAUUAAUGUCAUUUGUUUCUACAAAUAAUCUCAUGUUGGUGACAUUCCAGUCUCCUCAGGUACGGAGGCUAUCAGGAAUCCGGGCAUAUUUCGAGGUCAUCCCAGAACAAAAGUGUGAAAACACAGUGUUGGUCAAAGAAACCACUGGCUUUGAAGGGAAAAUCUCAAGUCCGUAUUACCCCAGCUACUAUCCUCCGAAAUGCAAGUGCACCUGGAGAUUUCAGGCUCCCCUAUCAACGCUUGGCAUAGCGCUGAAAUUCCAUAACUAUUCAAUCACCAAGAAGAGUGUGAAAGGCUGUGACCAUGGGUGGUGGGAAAUCAAUGAGCACAUGUACUGUGGCUCAUACAUGGAUCACCAGACUGUGUUCCGAGUGCCCAGCCCCCUAGUUCACAUUCAGCUGCAGUGCAGUUCGAGGCUUUCUGACAAGCCACUUUUGGUGGAAUAUGGCAGUUACAACAUCAGUCAACCCUGCCCUGUUGGAUCUUUCAGAUGCUCCUCUGGCCUGUGUGUCCCUCAGGCCCAGCGGUGUGAUGGAGUAAAUGACUGCUUUGAUGAAAGUGAUGAGCUAUUCUGUGCGGCUCUCAAGCCUGCCUGCAACACCAGCUCCUCCAGGCAGCACAGCCCUCUGGUCUGCGACGGCUUCAGGGACUGUGAGGAUGGCCAGGAUGAGCUGAACUGCACUCAGAGCAUUCCAUGCAACAACAGAACUUUUAAGUGUGGCAAUGAUAUUUGCUUUAGGAAACAAAAUGCAAAAUGUGAUGGGACUGUGGAUUGUCCAGACGGAAGCGAUGAAGAAGGCUGCAGCUGCAGCAGGAGUUCUUCCACCUUCCACCGCAUCAUCGGGGGCACCGACACGCAGGAAGGCGGGUGGCCGUGGCAAGUCAGCCUCCACUUCAUUGGAUCUGCCUACUGUGGAGCCUCUGUCAUCUCCAGGGAGUGGCUUCUCUCUGCGGCCCACUGUUUCCAUGGUAACAGGCUGUCAGACCCCACGCCAUGGACCGCUCACCUCGGGAUGUAUGUGCAGGGGAAUGCCAAGUUCGUCUCCCCAGUGAGAAGAAUUGUAGUCCAUGAGUACUAUAACAGCCAGACCUUUGACUAUGAUAUUGCCUUGCUACAGCUUAGCAUCGCCUGGCCUGAGACUCUGAAGCAGCUCAUUCAGCCAAUAUGCAUCCCUCCCGCAGGCCAGAAAGUACGCAGUGGGGAAAAGUGCUGGGUAACCGGCUGGGGGCGAAGGCACGAAGCAGACAAUAAGGGCUCCCCUGUUUUGCAGCAAGCAGAAGUAGAGCUCAUUGACCAAACCAUCUGUGUUUCCACCUAUGGAAUCAUCACUUCGCGGAUGCUCUGCGCGGGCGUCAUGUCAGGCAAGAGAGAUGCUUGCAGAGGAGAUUCGGGUGGACCCUUAUCUUGUCGAAGAAAAAGUGAUGGGAAAUGGAUUCUGACUGGCAUCGUCAGCUGGGGACAUGGAUGCGGAAGACCAAACUUCCCUGGUGUUUACACGAGGGUGUCAAACUUUGUUCCCUGGAUUCAGAAAUACGUCCCUUCUCUUUUAUAACAGUACAAGUGGGGUUUGUGACUGUAAUUUAUGCGAUAAAUUAUUUUUAAAAGAUUGCAGUAAUUAUAAAUAAAAUGAGACAUGUACUUUUUUCUUCAGCAAACAUCAGACUACAUAGAUUUGACAUUUAUUGAAAGGCAGAACAAUGUAUUUUAUUCCCUAAAACAUUGGCUUAAAGAUAUAAUUGUAUUCAUUCUCAAGCAUUAAGGCCAUUGAUUUAGAAAUGGAAGAGAUAUCAGGUAUUGUUAUGCACUAAGCCUCUAAAAUAAGAUCAGAAAUGGGUGAGAUGGUAAGAUAUUCAUUCUUUAUGUUCUUCCUCAAGGUAUGGCUACUUAGAAGGUUUUAGGCAAAUAUGAUUUAUUGAAAUAACAAAUUCAUGAAAACAACAUGCCUGAUCUUUAAUGUUCUAAUGAACUUAAAUACACAAAAAAUGUCUCCUUCACAAAUCCAAGUAAAACUAAGCUCAGUUAUCAACGGAGGAAGUACCUACCAUAUUUUUAGGAGUAUAGAAUGCACCAGAC